AUGGACCAGAACCCUGUUUCAGCUAAGACACAAGAAAAUAAAGAUCUUGUAUCAUCGAUCAAAGAGAAGCUUGAAGCGGUUUCAACUUUGAAAUCCAUCUUCAGAGUCCCCGAGAAACUCGUAGAAGCAAAUGAGAAGAUGUACAUCCCUGGCACAGUUUCUAUUGGUCCUCUCCAUCAUGGCAAGGAUGGUCUAAAAUACAUGGAAGAUCGCAAGUGGCAUUACCUGUUCACACUGCUGAAUCGACAAUCAAACCAGCUAGAAACAAGUUUGCACGAAUGUGUGAAUGCACUGAGCGAUUUAGAGAAGCCAGCACGAAAUUUCUAUGCAGAAGAACUCAACCUCAGAAGCAACCAGUUCAUGGAGAUAAUGCUAGUUGAUGGGUGUUUCAUCAUUGAGCUUCUCUUGAAAUAUGCUUUAAAGGGUAUAAGACGUUGCGGUGACCCCAUAUUUGUCACGCCAGGGAUGCUCAAUAGGGUCAGGUGUGACCUUAUAUUGUUAGAAAACCAAAUACCAUUUUUCAUUCUUCAAAGGUUGUUCCCAAUUGUACUCAUUCAAGUACAACAUGACCAGACACUGACCCUCUCUGAGCUUACCAUUAUUUUCUUCAGAAAAAUGUUGCCGAGGGAUAGGGAAUUUGUGAAUGAGAAGUUUAGUCAAGAGGGUUUCCAUUUGCUUGACCUAAUUCGCCAGUGUUACCUUCCAAACUAUGCAAGAGUAGUGUCCAAGAAAAGUGUAUCUCAAGGUGAUCUUGAGUGUGCAACAAACCUCAAGAAGGAUGGGAUUAAGUCCAAGAGAUCCAAAACCAAGUGCUUGCUAAACUUGAAAUUUGCAAAUGGGGUGCUUGAAGUUCCUCCCUUCACACCCCAUCAUUUCAUAGAAAUUAUAUUUUCCAAUAUGAUAGCAUUGGAGCAGCAGCAGAAUGAUAGUAAACCUGUGACAUCUUACGCCCUUCUAAUGCAAGCCAUGGUGUGCACUGAAAAUGAUGCCAAGUUGUUCCGCAAACUAAGGAUUCUGAUCAUGGAUAAUUACCCUGAGAAAGAAGUUUGUGAUCUGUUUAAGAGGCUUUGCGAAAAAGUGGAAUAUGAGGAGGAAAAUUUCUUUUUUGCAGGGCUAAUUGAACAAAUUUUUGAGUACAAAAGAACCCCGAGAUCAUGGAGGCAGAUAUUGAAAUGCAAUUGGCUUAAAACUCGUACUUCAUGA